AUGAGUGGAAACUACAAAUUUCUAGUUCUUAAUCCUUCGCCUGAGAACUUGGAUCAGAUAUUUCAAAAGGCAAAUCUCCAAAACUCCAAAAAUGGUCCAUUUGAAGCAACUGUUUUAUUAGGUGAUGUAUUACCUGAAACUGCCACUGAAUUCCCGACUACUAAACUUGAUGGAGCUACAUAUUUCGCUGAAGGAAAGCAUGGGUUGUCAAACACUAUUCAUUCAAGUUCCAGUGAAUCGGAUUUAGUCGAUGUUAGCCCCAAUUUGACAUUCUCUAAGUCAUUGGUAAACAUUGUCAAGUUGACUAGCGGACUUGUACUCAUGCUAGUAUCUGGGUCAGCUACAGCUGAUGAAGAAUCUCUAUUGGCCGAGGUAAAGAAAAUAAACAUCAAGGUAGAUAUACUAGUGACAUAUGAAUGGCCGAAUUCCAUUGCUGCACUUGAGCAAUUAACUCUCGUUGGACAUGACACUAUUGACAAAAUUUCAAAGAUUAUUAAACCAAGAUAUCAUUUUGCAGUUGGAACUGAGUCAGGGAAAUUCUUUGAGUUGGAACCGUUUAGUUGGGAUACAGGAGAAGUUACCCGUUUCAUAAGUUUGGGACAAGAAGGUAGUGAUGAGAAAUGGUUUUAUGCAUUUUCGAUGAAUAUAAAUAGAGAUUUGAUACAAGAUGAAAUUCCAAAUUUAAGAACGAACCCAUUCACAAUCGAAUCAAGGAAACGACAGCACGUACAUGAAGAAGCAGGUGAUAAGGAAGGUGAAACUGUGACUAUAAAGAAACCAAAAGUGGUCUCUCCUGAAUCGUGUUUCUUCUGUUUAUCGAAUCCCAAAACAGAAACGCAUAUGAUUGUUUCAAUUGGAACUUAUUUAUACAUGACAAUCGCCAAAGGUCCAUUAACUAGAUCAACCCAAGAAUUACCAUUUUCUGGACAUGGUAUACUUGUUCCAAUAGAGCAUAUUCCUAGUAUACGAUCGAAAUAUGAAGAUGUAUACCAGUCCCCAGUCUAUCAAGAAAUCUUAAAGUAUCAAAAUAACCUAGUCCAGGCAUUUGCCAAACAGAGGCCGCAGGAUAGAUUAAUUUUCUUUGAAGUCAGUAGGUCAACUAAUGUCCACUAUCAUGUCCAAUUUUUGCCAAUUGGUGUCACCGUGGUUGAUAAAUUUGUCAAUUCUUUGAAAAUGAGAGCCAGGCUAAACAAUGAGAAAUUCGUCAAGAAUCAUAAAUUGGAAUUCAAGCAUUUUAACAAACAAGAUGACCCAGAAUUGCUAUCUAUUAUGAACAAAUCGGAUUAUGUCAUGUUUACCGUGGGUACACCCAAUGAUGAGGAGAAAUCGAUUUAUAUUUCCGAAUUGGCGGAUAGCGACAAGCCCAUAGACAUGCAGUUUCCAAGAAGAGUAUUGGCGCAUACGUUGAACUUACCAAAGAGAGUUUAUUGGGAUAAAUGUCAACAACCUAAGUUGAAAGAAAUUUCCGAUUGUGAGGAGUUUAAAAAGUUCUUUCAUGAAUUUGACAUUACAUCUUAG